CUCCCUUCGCACCAUCCCUCAUUUCCCAUUCCCCGCCGAGAGAGAGAGAGAGUGUUGCCAUGGCUUCCGCUGCAUCAUCUUGCCCCAUGGUCCUGGUUUUGGACGUAAUCCUCUUCGCCUUUUUCCUCGUCCUCAUCGUCUGCGCUCCUCUCCUAGACGCGCAGGCCGCGCUCCCUUCCACCCUCUUCCCCGAUCCCCUGCUUCGUAUUGCUUCCUGGUACAAAGAUCGGUUCGGCGACUACCUCGCCUCGGAGCGUCCCUUCUUCUUCGUGGGGCUGGUCUGGCAUGAGCUGUUCUUCAUCUGGCCUCUCGCCAUCGCCAACGCCUACGCCAUGCUCGCCAGGAGGUCCUGGUUCAAUACCACCUGCCUCAUCUUGGGAUCCUCGCUCCUUACCUCCAUGGCUGCAAUCUUGGGAGAGCUGGUUCUAUCAGGCAAGGCAUCGGAGUCACUUCUGAAGUUGUAUGUCCCCUUUGCCGGUUUUGCGCUGUUGGCCUUCGCUCGUGGUCUCAUGCCUUGCGGGUGCACCAGCAACCCUCCCGCCACCUCCACCAAUGCCAGGAAAAAGAGGGCCUAAGAAAAUCGGGCUUUUCAUUUCCAUUCCCGUGUUUCGAACCCUUGAUAUUUCCUAUUGUCAACAUCUUUCUCUGGUUGACGGAAAUCUGUGGUUUUGGUGGGGAAACUCGUUUGUUUUUACUUGUGAGUUCGAACUGUGUCCAUUGCUUCAGAAGCUAACAUCGAUUCUUAAUUUGGCAAUCUGUCUCUCUUUAUUCUCGA